CUUGGCCGCUCGGAGGACUGUCUUUGCCGUCAUGUCCUUGUUUGUGCGUUUUAAUCAACGAUUGGAAAAUAACAGGUAGCCCUCGUCCGUCCGCCUCACACACACACACACACACACACACACAGGGGGGUGCAGCAGCAGCAGCAGCAGCAGCAGCAGCAGCAGGAGAAUCCGAAUAGACCUUCUUUCACCCGGCGGCCCGGCUCCUGUGCGUCUGACAGAAGACGCGGUCCGCGGGGCGCAGCAGCAGCAGCCGGCUGGGAAUCGCAACGUGUUUGUGCAGAGAGCGAGAGAGUCACCGCAGUCGGAGCUCUGUGUGUGUGUGUGUGUGUGUGUGUGUGUGUGUGUGUUCACAUGACACGGGCAGCUGUGACCGGGCUGCAGUCAGCCCGUCUCCCCGCCUCUGGACAGAUGGUCGCCGCCGUGAUUCACGCCUGAGUUCGGACCGAGCGAGAAGACGACGCCGUGGAUAUGGAAUGGUGCACGCCGCUGGGCCAAGUGUGCAGCCGCUGAGCAACCCCGGAAUCAUGGACAGUCACCCGCUGUGCACUCGACUUUGUCCACACAGUCUGGACAAAGAGGAUGGAGUCGAGAGGCACGGUCCCAUCACCUUCAACCACCGGCACAUGAGGAAGGCGUUCAAAGUCAUGAACGAGCUGCGCAGCCAGAAUCUGCUGUGCGACGUGACCAUAGUGGCGGAGGAUGUGGAGAUCGCUGCUCACAGAGUGGUCCUGGCUGCCGGGAGCCCUUACUUCCACGCUAUGUUCACAGGGGAGAUGGCAGAGAGCAGGGCGAAACGGGUGAGGAUAAAGGAGAUGGAUGGUUGGACUCUGGGCCUGCUGGUCGACUACAUCUACACAGCGGAGAUACAGGUCACAGAGGACAACGUGCAGGCGUUGCUGCCUGCUGCGGGCCUGCUCCAGCUGAAUGAGGUGAAAAAGGCUUGUUGUGAGUUUCUGAGCUCUCAGCUUCAUCCGUCCAACUGUUUGGGAAUACGAGCCUUCGCUGACCUACACGCCUGCUCUCAGCUUCUCACACAGGCCAACAGCUACGCAGAGCAACAUUUCACUGAGGUGGUUGGGAGCGAGGAGUUCCUUAAUUUAGGCAUGGAGCAAGUGUCCAGCCUGAUCGCCAGCGACAAGCUCACCAUCCCCACAGAAGAGAAGGUUUUCGAAGCGGUGAUCGCUUGGGUCAACCACGAUAAAGAUGUCCGCCAGGAACACUUGGCUCACCUGAUGGAGCAUGUCCGCCUGCCGCUUCUCUCCAGAGAAUACCUGGUGCAGCGGGUGGAGGAGGAGUCUCUGAUCAAGAAUAGCAGUGCGUGUAAAGACUACCUGAUUGAGGCCAUGAAGUACCACCUGCUGCCGGCCGACCAGAGAGCUCUGAUGAAGAGUGCACGCACGCGCAUGAGGACUCCCGCCUGCUGUCCUAAGGUGAUGGUGGUGGUUGGAGGACAGGCCCCCAAGGCCAUCCGCAGUGUCGAAUGUUACGAUUUUGAGGAGCAGCGAUGGUACCAGGUGGCUGAACUCCCCACCAGGAGGUGCAGAGCAGGUGUGGUGUACGUGAGUGGCUGUGUGUACGCGGUCGGCGGGUUCAACGGCUCUCUGCGUGUGCGGACAGUCGACUGUUACGACCCCAUGAUGGACCGCUGGACCAGCGUGAGCAGCAUGCAGGACCGUCGGUCGACGCUCGGCGCCGCUGUGCUCAACGGCCUCCUGUACGCUGUGGGAGGCUUCGACGGCAGCACAGGUCUGUCCACAAUCGAGGCGUACAACGCUAAGACAGACGAAUGGUUCCACGUGUUGCCCAUGAGUACCCGACGCAGCAGUGUAGGAGUGGGUGUCGUAAAUGGGAUCCUGUAUGCAGUCGGAGGUUAUGAUGGAGCGACCAGGCAGUGUCUGAGUACAGUAGAAGCUUACAAUCCAAAAAGCAACACUUGGAACUACAUCGCUGAGAUGGGCACAAGACGCAGUGGAGCAGGUGUGGGUGUGUUAAAAGGUUUACUCUAUGCUGUGGGGGGACACGAUGGUCCCUUGGUGAGGAAGAGUUGUGAAGUUUAUGAUCCGGCCUCCAACAGCUGGAGACAAGUAGCCGACAUGAACAUGUGUCGACGCAACGCAGGUGUGUGUGCUGUAAACAAUGUACUGUACGUGGUGGGAGGAGACGACGGCAGCUGUAAUUUGGCCUCUGUGGAGUUCUACAAUGCAAACUCGGACAAGUGGACGCUGCUGCCGACCUGCAUGAGCACAGGACGCAGUUAUGCAGGUGUGACUGUGAUUGACAAGCCCUUAUGACUGCUCUUGACACCUGCCACUGAUUCGGAGCAGAAUGUAUUCUCCUGCUGAAUACUGAUCUUGGAUCUGUUUAUGAUGCCAGUGCUCGGAUUUCUGGGCAGCAUAAGCACCGGCACUGACGCAGAUGAAGGAAAUGACAAGAUUGUUGUUGUUGAAGAUGAUGACGAUGAUGAAGAAGAGUUUCUGCACUGACCCUGAACGGGGGGUGAAGCUGCGAGUGACGGUGGGGAUCGAAUCCGUGUUUUAAUCCCCUCCUGGCGGGACUGCAGCAGCGACUGGACAAACCAGUUUCGAGCACCACUGUACCAGUGCAGUGCCAUUGAAACGCUACUGAAAUUACGUUUAACAUUACUGAUGUUAAAGCGAACCAGCUCUGAGGAAGACCACUGAUCUACACCAUGGGAGAGGAAGGCAGGGAACGAUCAUUUGGGACUAAAAUCUUUGUUUCUCCUUCGUUUUUAUCCUCCUGAGAAGUUUGUGUGUAUGUUUGAGUGUGCGUGUGUGUGCGUGCGUGCUUGCGUUUAAAGGUGCUCCAUUGCUUGCACAUGUGAGCAUGUGCGUGUUUGUGUGCAUCUGAGUUUUUCUGUGUGGUGACGCCUGGUCCGACGCCGCAUGAGCGCACUCUGUCUGACCUUUACAGUUUUGCAGUGUUGCUGUUCCAGAGUGCCUGAAUGUCACAUUACCGCCCCGCUCCCUCUUCUCCUCUGUAACGCCUCCAGUACUGUUGCUGGACAGAGCACAGCUGGACUCGGCCGCUGUUCUGGGAUAAAGAAAAACGUUUUGAGAACUGACUUUAGAUACCGGUGCGUCGGUUUGCAUUAGUCCGCAUGAAUUCCAAACAGCUAUGUUGAGAAGCGGUUGCGGAAGGUGUACUUCUUCUUCCUCUAAAAGAAAAACCAUGACUCUCACUGGAACAUUAAUUCUUCUGGUAAAGGAGAAGAAGCCUCGUUUCUUUUUGCCAAACACAGUGACCGACAGAGGGAGAAGCUGUUGGAAUUGAAACAGAGUUGGAUGUAUCGAUGCUUUACCGUCACCUGGCAGCCGUCUUUACCGUGGGUGUAACCACUAAUGACAACAAAAGCCUGAACUCACUGCAUGGUCCCCAUCUCUGACCCCGUAUCCUUCAACAGCACCCUCUUCUCCUUUGGUGUAGCAACCCUAUUAACUACUGCACACCCCGACGUACUAUGAAUGUGCCAACUUUCAAUGUUUUUUCUGUUCCGUCUCUCUUAAUUGCGCAACUAAUCUGUUCUCCUUUUUCUGGAAAGUGACCAAACCUGCUCUUGAGUUUCCCCUUUUUAUCCCCCUCUUCAGUCUCUUUCUCUUCCUUCUCCUCCUAUAUUGAAAAUUGCUAUAAUAGUAACUGGUAUCGCUGUUUCUUGUCAGUGUAUUGAGGAAUGUCAUGUAGGCUAAUGACUUUGAAAAUGUUUCAUUACUUGUUUUAUAUUAUCAUUAAUAAAUAUGCUUCUUGUAUUUAAAGCUGUGAAAUGCUAUAAUCUGUUUUUAAAACUUUGCCAAAUCAGUAAAACAUUGAAAUGGAA